AUGUCCAUUUACAAAAACUUGGCUGCUCAAUAUCCUCAUCCUCAUACCAUCCGUGGUUAUACCAAUGAUGCUCAGUGUUGGUGUUUUCCUUCUCGUUUGGCCCGAGUGUUUCCAAAAGAGUUCAACAUGACUCUCACUGAUCAAUUCAAUUUACACAUGAUUGGCAAUGAAGAGAAGGAAUUUGUAUUGGAUUUUUCAGAAGCAUUGGUUUUGAAAUGUAAAACCUAUUCCGAUAACACUUUUAUUAAAGGGAUCAAGCCUAACCCUUCAGUUUCGCAUCGAGUCAUUGUGAGAUUUUUCCCAGCUGCUGAGAUUGAAGGAUCAUGCCAUGAUUUGUUGGGAAUUGGAGAUAAGGAAAAAACUACUGUCAGAUAUGAGGAAUCGGUGUUUGUGAUCUAUCCUAACAAGAAAGUAGAAGCAUUAUUUGAGUGGUAUGUCGACAAUGCCAGAUCUCCUGAGAGAGGUAGAAACCUCUAUGCUUACAAUGUGAAAGAAGAAUAUUGGGUGAGAAAAUAUCAAUAUGUUGGAUUGGACCAAAGUCAUGUUUUUGGUCUUGAUGACAAGUUUGAAAUGUUCGAAAGAGAUUUCACAAUCAUUCACAAGAAAAUUGACUUGUUGCAUAAGGUCGGAAAGAGUUGUUCACUCAAUUACUUUUUACACGGACCACCAGGUGUCGGAAAAUCUUCAUUCGCUCGAUGUAUUGCCACCAAGUAUAAUUUAGACAUUUAUACUGCCAAUUUGAAGGAUGCCAAGCAUAUCAAGGAUUCUGACGCGAUCAAGUCGAUUCUCUCUCCAAGAAAAAUGAUUUUCAAAGCAGAGCCAGAGCAUGUCAAUACAGGUUCCAAUGGAAACUGUUGUGACAAUGAUGAUUAUGAUGGAUGUGAAUUUGACAAGAUUAUUAACCCUGAAAAGCAUGAAUACGUGGUCGUUUUAAUCGAGGACUUUGAUAGAUAUUUGAACAGUUGCAAUUCUGAAGAGAUGAGCAAUGUGUUAAAUGCCAUUGAUGGAGUCGAACCAUCUGAUGGUAUCAUUCGUGUCUUCUCUGCCAACAACACCGAGGACAUUAAAUUGAACAAGGCCUUCCUGAGCAGAAUGAACGGUAUUUGGAGAUUUGACCUCAACUCGCAAGAGAGCAUUCUCAAGAGAAUUUAUGAACUGUUCCCAAAUAAUCAAAUAAGAUUAUCCAAAGAGGAAGAUCCUGAACAAAAACCAGUUCAAGAAUUAUAUGCUCAAAAAGCAUCCGAGUUCAAAAUGGCUCUCAGAGAAGUCACAAAUCAUUUGUGUCGAUACUUGAUGGAUGAAUCAAAUGGAAUUGUGGAAGCUUAUAAAGAUAUUGAACGAUUUGUUCAUGAAAAGGAAAUUAAGGUUGAAAAUGAUGCUUUCACCAUCAAUGGAACAGACGAAGACAAACAAGAGAAUGGAACAGCUGACAGUAAUGAUACUGAAGCAUCCUCAGAAUAUGAAACUAAGGUGUAA